ACAAAAUGUCAUCGUCAAUUUUGGUAGCAGACUACGGAUCGUCUGAUUCCGAAAAUGAAGAAGAAACAACAGUUGAGAAGAAUAAAUUGGAGCUUAAAGAAGUUUCGUCAGGAGUGAAUCUUCUCGCAAGCACUGAAGAAAAAUCUGACAGUGAUGCAGAUGAUGAUGUUGCCAGUAGGACACAAGAUGGAGCCCUCUCCAAGCGUGGAACAAAAUCUAACCAUCAAAAGGAGCCCGAGAAGUUACCCCUACCCAGUGUCAUUGGACUUCUUCCAGACCCAUCAGCACCAAGUACACUAGCCCCCUCUUCCAUCUUUGCCAAUCCCUUUCAAGAGGCAGAACAGCACAAGUUGUCCAUCUUGGAGCAGCACGUGAAGCUCACCUCUGCACAGACGAAGGAAGCCGAGCUCGGCGGUAAGAAGAAAAUCUGCUGGAAGUUCCGCAACGGCAGAUGCCGCUUCGGACACAAAUGUAAGUUUGCACAUGAUAGUGACGUCCCAUCGACAAUCACAACAAGCAGUCAUCAGGAGUCGUCGCACUUGGUGCCAGCAGCUGGUAAUGAGAGAACUAGUUUUAGGGAAGAGAGCAUUCCUCAUGAGGGGUGGUCAGCGCAAGGGGAUGGUGAGGAUGGGGAAGAGGAAGUGCAGAAGAGAAAGCGCCGACCGGGCCUCAGCCAAACGCUCAUCCCCUCCAAGAAAGUGAUGACAGCCUACAAUAGACAGAACAUGCAAGAGAACCCAUGGACACAGCGUUGAUAAAUGUGGCAUAGAUUUGAAUCCCAAGUCAAUUAUUUAGGAAUUAAUGGAAUGGGUGGUGUACCUGUAGUGUCUGAAGCCCUCGCCUCUCACUAAUGUAAUGUGGCCCUGGCUCGAUUCCCAGC